AUGAAGACCCUGGUGCGCCAUGGUCUGGCAGUGUGUUUAGCGCUCACCACCAUGUGCACCAGCUUGCUGCUCGUGUACAGCAGCCUAGGCGGCCAGAAGGAGCGGCCGCCGCAGCAGCAGCAAGCAGCGGCGACCGGCAGCCCCCCGCCGCACCCCGAGGCCCCCGCGGGACCGCGGCCACUGGACGGAUACCUUGGCGUGGCGGACCACAAGCCCCUGAAAAUGCACUGCAGGGACUGCGCCCUGGUGACGAGCUCGGGGCAUCUGCUGCGUAGCCUGCGAGGCCCCCGGAUUGACCAGACCGAGUGCGUCAUCCGCAUGAACGACGCCCCUACGCGCGGCUACGGGCACGACGUGGGCAAUCGCACCAGCCUGAGGGUCAUCGCGCAUUCCAGCCUCCAGCGAAUCCUCCGCAACCGCCACGACCUGCUCAACGUCAGCCAGGGCACCGUGUUCAUCUUCUGGGGCCCCAGCAGCUACAUGCGGCGCGACGGCAAGGGCCAGGUCUACAACAACCUGCAGCUCCUAAGCCAGGUGCUGCCCCGGCUGAAGGCCUUCAUGAUCACGCGCCACAAGAUGCUGCAGUUUGACGAGCUCUUCAAGCGCGAGACCGGCAAAGACAGGAAGAUCUCCAACACUUGGCUCAGCACUGGCUGGUUCACAAUGACCAUUGCCCUGGAGCUCUGUGACAGGAUCAGUGUUUAUGGCAUGGUGCCCCCAGACUUCUGCAGGGAUCCCAAUCACCCUUCAGUACCUUAUCACUAUUACGAACCUUUUGGACCUGAUGAAUGUACAAUGUACCUCUCCCAUGAGCGAGGACGGAAGGGUAGUCAUCACCGCUUUAUCACAGAGAAACGAGUCUUUAAGAACUGGGCACAGACAUUCAAUAUUCACUUUUUUCAACCGGACUGGAAACCAGAAUCACUUGCUAUAAGUCAUCCCGAGAAUAAACCUGUGUUCUGA